AUGAAGCUCACAAGUGUAUUGUUGUUGCACUGGCUGCCUUUGCUAUAUGGAGGAGUCUCAGCUCAAGGAAACGUAUCAGCCGUCUUCGACGACCCAAUAACUGGGUAUCUAAACCAGCCCCAAGUAACACAAAACUUCGGGCAGUCCUCCCCCUUCUUCUCACUAGCCCAGAACAACUCCGACGCCACUCCCCCAGGAUGCACAAUAACGCAAGCACACAUCCUCUCUCGUCACGGCGCCCGUUUCCCUACAAAAGGAAAAACCACAACGAUAAAAACAGCCCUAGCAAAAGUAAGCCUCGCGUUGACAAACGCAACGGGGUCGUUGACAGGGGAUUUUGCCUUCCUGAAUACGUUUAAUUAUUCGCUUGGACAAGAUAACUUGACGGGGUUUGGACAGCAGGAACUUUUCAACUCUGGGAUAAAGUUUGCGAAGCGGUAUGAAGCGGCGGGAAAGGGGCUCGCGCCGUUUGUGAGAGCAGCGGGAAGUCCGCGUGUUGAGGAAUCUGCGCUGAAUUUCACCAUGGGAUGGAACUCCGUCGUUGCUGCAAGCGCUUUGAUUGAUGGGGGCUCGAUUCUGGUAAUCUCGGAAGAGGAAGGGGUUAACAAUACGCUACAUGUUGAAAGUUGCCCCGCCUUUGAGAAUACAGCGCCGUUCAAUGAGCUUGGGGAUACAGAAGAUCAGAUCUGGAUUGACAUCUUUGCACCACCGAUUCGCGACCGCUUGAACGCGAAUAUACCUGGAGCGAAUUUCGAUGUCAAUGAUACCGUGGCGAUGAUGGAUCUCUGUCCGUUCGAAACCGUCGCUACCCCUACUGGGGAAAUCUCACCGGUUUGCAAGCUGUUUACGGACGAUGAAUUUGUCUCUUACAGCUUUCUGCAAAGCGUAGAUAAAUUCUUCGGGGACGGACCGGGAAACAAAUUUGGGAGUUCUCAAGGAGCGGGAUUUGUGAAUGAAUUGCUUGCCAGAAUGACGAAUACUGCCGUACAGGAUCAGACGUCCACGAAUACAACUUUGGAUUCGCAGAAUGCCACGUUCCCGCUGGGGUUGGCACUGUAUGCGGAUUUCUCGCACGAUAAACAGAUGAUUUCUAUCAUGACUGCGAUGGGGCUUUUCAAUGGCAGUGUUUCUCUUGGGGGAUUGAAAUCUACGGAUCGGCAGACGAGUGUCACGUCGGGGUUUUCGGUGGCGAAACUAACGCCGUUCUCUGCGAGGAUGUAUUUUGAGAAGAUGACUUGUGAGGGCAGUGCAGAGGAGAUGGUGAGAGUGCUUGUGAAUGAUGCUGUCCAGCCGUUGGAAUUCUGCGGUGGUGAUGCCCUGGGGAGAUGCACCUUGACGAAGUUCGUCGAGAGUCAAGGGGUCGCUAAAUCUGGAGGAGCGUUUUCUGAAUGCUAG